AUGUAUCUAUCCAAGACUAGGCUUGAAGAGCAUAAGCAAACUGAAGAGAGUACUCGCAUCAGUGAUGUCCAUGCAAGAGAGAUUCUUGAUUCUAGAGGAAACCCAACAGUUGAGGCUGAAGUCACAACUGAAGAAGGCUUUGUCUUUAGAGCUGCUGUACCUAGUGGAGCCUCCACUGGAAUCUAUGAGGCUCUCGAGCUGAGAGACAAAGAUGGAGACAGAUACUUGGGGAAAGGUGUACUUACAGCUGUUAAAAAUGUUAACGACAUCAUCUGUCCAGCUCUCAAAGGGCUUUCAGUCCUUGAACAAAGCACUUUGGAUAAGAAAAUGGUCGAAGAGAUUGAUGGAACUCAGAAUGAAUGGGGCUGGAGUAAAUCUAAGCUCGGAGCUAACGCUGUCUUAGCUGUUAGUUUAGCUAUUGCAAGAGCUGGUGCUCAUGCUAAAGGAGUUCCUUUGUAUCAACAUAUUGCUGGGCUUUCUGGAAAGGGAACUGAUAAAUUCAUUCUUCCAUGCCCAUCUCUGAACAUCAUUAAUGGAGGAUCUCAUGCAGGAAAUAAACUUGCCAUUCAGGAGUUUAUGAUCUUACCCACUGGAGCAUCUACUUUUAAGGAAGCUAUGCAGAUCGGUUGUGAGGUAUAUCACAACCUCCAGAAACUUAUUAAGAAGAAGUAUGGUCUUUCCUCUGCCAACGUUGGUGACGAGGGAGGAUUUGGAUGCCCAGAGAUUAACGAUGAGACAGAAACUUUGGAGCUUAUCAAUGAAGCUGUUGAAGCAGCUGGCCACACUGGUAAAGUGGAUGUUGGUCUUGAUGUAGCAGCCUCUGAGUUCUACAAGGAUGGCAAGUACGACCUUAGCUGGAAGACUGGCACCGGAGAUAGAAUUGUUGACACUGAUGGAUUCAUUGAAAUAUAUGAUGAUAUCUCCACCAAAUACCCUAUUGUAUCCAUCGAGGAUCCAUUCGAUCAAGAUGAUUUUGAAGCUUACACUAGAAUGCAAGAAAAGAUGGGUGAUAAGAUCCAGAUUGUUGGAGAUGAUUUACUUGUAACUAACCCAAAGAGAGUACAGAAAGGAAUCGAUGAGAAGAUGUGCAAUGCUCUUCUCUUGAAAGUUAACCAGAUUGGUUCACUCACUGAGGCUAUUGAAGCAUGCAAUCUUUCAACUGAUGCUGACUGGGGAGUCAUGGUCUCACAUAGAAGUGGUGAAACUGAAGACAACUUUAUCGCUGAUCUUGUUGUAGGACUUGGAACAGGACAGAUCAAGAGUGGAGCUCCAUGCAGAUCAGAUAGGCUAGCUAAAUAUAAUCAGCUAAUCAGAAUUGAGGAAGAGUUGGGUGACAGAGCAGUGUUUGCAGGAAAGAAUUUCAGAAACCCAACAUCUCUGUUAUAA